AUGAACUCUUCUGCUGAACUAGAUUCAUUUAAUUCCUCUGCUCUGGAGGAAGUCAUUCCGAAUGAGCCACCACCACCUUCGCAUGCCAGCCCAGUGGUCGCAUUCAUCAUCGGACUUGCCAUCAUUCUCCUAGCGUCCAUACUCAACGCUGCUGGCCUCAAUUUGACGAAACUGGAUCAUGUCCGCACCAGCGCAAUGCCUAAAGCUCAGCGGAGAAGGGACUGGUUACGGCCACUUUGGUUACUGGGCAUGCUGCUGUACAUUCUGUCACAGCUCAUAGGCAGUACUCUUGCGCUCGAGUACAUGCGGGCAGAAUACGUCGCUCCCCUUGGAUCUACGUCGCUCAUCUUCAAUUUCCUAUUCGCCAAGUUCCUCGUGGACACACCAGUGACGACCUAUGACAUCUACGGUACUAUCAUUGUCAUAUUCGGCGUAGUUGGGAUCGUAGCCUUUGGCUCUAUCAACAGUGGCUUAGGCACAGAGACAAACGCACAACAUCUCACAUUUCUGUGGACCCGUGGAAACUGGCUGGCAUUCUUCUUCUUCAUGGCCUUCGCGCUCAUCCUGCUCUUCUUCUUCGUCUCACAAUUGGAGCAGGUUUUGAACGCUAGAGGAGACCUGACGGCAGCGCCAUUUUCCGGCAUGGGCGCGCGGCGGGAAACUCUGCCCUCUGUCGGCAUCAUGGGAACAGUCGUUGCUACGUUGGAUGCUGUGAUGAUAUGGCUGAAGGAGAAGCUUGAGUUAUGGACCGCCUCACAAGAUGACAAGAGGUUGGCGUGGACGCUGGGUAUUGGAUGGGCGUGCUGCGGUGGCGGCUUGGCCGGUGGCUGUUUGGUAUUUGCUAAGGCUGCGGUCAAGCUGAUAACAAGCACUGUGUCUCACGAGAAUACUGGCAACCAGUUCGGACAAGCAUCAAGCAUAUUUACCUUUAUUCUUCUUGCCGUGACAGCUGUGUCGCAAAUUGUCUGUCUUAACCGUGGUCUCAAAGUAUAUGAUUCAACGUUGGUUGUGCCGGUUUUCUAUGGCGUCUACACAGGCACUGGCUUCCUCGACUCAUUGAUAUUCAACAACGAGGUGGACGCGUACCAGUCAUGGACUCUCUUCCUUAUCUUCGUGUCUAUGAUCACCCUUGUCUCAGGUGUCGUGCUACUCACAUACAAGAAGCCUGAGAAGAAGCCGUUACACUCAGAAAAUCCGAGUACCAUGGCGUUGCCACGGAUAGGAACGGGCAGGAAGGGCAAUGGUGAAGGAGAUGACGAACAGGAGGCUCUUCAUGACAUCGAGGAAGGAGAUGGGGAAGCCGACAUGAUGUGGCAGAUCGGCGAUGCCGAGGAAGCCGAGGACGAGGAAGAUGGCCCGCGCUCACGAAGCCCGUUGCCGGUACGGCGCAGGGUCAGUAGUACCAAGCCAAAGGUCGGGGGCGAUGGCGAGGAGGAGCACAUGCUACCAGAUAGAGAGGAGGGCGAGGAGGGGCAUCGUGAAUCAACAUCCUCCGACGCCACCCUCGCGCGGCCGGACAGCGCGCCCGCAUACACUGACGAAUUCGGCACUUGGGAGCACGGCAAAGCGCAAUCAUGA